AUGGGGCGGAGUGAGCCUCCAUUCCUCUAUGACCCUCCGUCGCAUCGCGGACCGCCCUCACCCAACAGGACAUUCAACCCCAAGGCUGUAACCCAGGAGUCGUGGGCACCGAGCCCGCCACAGUCCAAAAAAGAUGGCCCGCUGGUCAAUUUUAAUCAACAUCCAGAUUCGUUCGGGCUGAUUGCGACCGGAAGAAAUAUCAAAACUAUGAGCCCAAAGACAAAGCAAAGAGUGAAGCGUGCCAGAAUUACACAGCUGGUACUGAGAAUUCUCACCCUUAUUGGGGCUCUGGGUUUAUUAUUUUGUGUGAUUUGCAUCAAAGGAACAACGCUGACACUCGCAUGGAUGAUUAGAGUGCCCCCCUGUGUGUCAAUUGUGCAUACACUCUAUGGCAUUUAUCACCUCUUCCGAUCCUCGAAUGCCCGGACCCCCGCUUCAUCGGCAAGCUACAUGCUUUUUGCGGCGGUCCUGGACGCUGGCCUUAUUCCAUUAUACGUGUUCAUUGGAAUCGUUUCCAAUAUCGAGUAUGAACAGAAAUCUUACGGCUGGCAAACACUUUUUGGAACUGCAGAAGCAAGAGAGAAGAUCGUACAGACGUUAUUUCUUGCGUGUUCAACCGUUGGAGGUCUUCAUUUGAUUUCGCUGGGAAUAGAUCUUUACCUUGCGAUUAUGUUUCGAAAGAUAUCAAAACUGCCGCCAGAUAUGAACCCGCUGGAAGAUAAUCUGACAUCGCGAGGACCAAAGCGCCCGAGAUCCGAGAUCGCAGAGAAACACUUGAGUCAGAGCACAACCAAUUCCAUCGAAGAUAAUCGUCAUUCUCUUGCCAAAGAGCCCCUGAUAGCCAGCCGCACAGUCCCUUUUAUGCACACCAGGACUGACUCUGAAAGCACUCUUUCGGGCCCCGAGUUCCGAGGUGCAGAGAGCCCUAGGUCUUCAUAUUAUUCUGCCCACUCGCGAAUGCAUUCGCGAACGCAUUUGCCAAAUCGGCAAUUGCGCUCGAGCCAUGGAAACAAACCCAAUCCGGAUUUCUCGCAGUUGUCUGCCAUGAAGCACGCUGCCACCCCAUCCAGGCCUCAGUCCGCGAGGAUGAAUGCACCAUUACAGUUUGACAUUGCGGAACCUAAGGCACGAGAUCCCAGUGGCGUUUCGUCCUUGUCCGAUGAGAACUGGCAGGCCUACCCGUCUUCACCCCCGUCACCCGAUAUGUACCCAGUCGAUUCUGCCGGUGGAUUAUUGUCUGUUGCUAAUCGCGAAGGCACCCCAAUGAUACCAGAUGUUGAGUCCGAGAAAUUGGAAUACACUGAGCCCCAUGAUAGUAUUGCAAGAGGUGGUACAGUGAUACGGCACUACGAGGAGUAUGCAGCGCUUGCCAACAAUUAUGACACUCCCGAAAAUAUAUAUGAAGACAAUUAUGCCGAAAAUUUGUAUAACAGCAUCGAACUCGACCUAGGGAACCAUCAGUUAAUAGGCUAUGCUAAAGAUGAAAGAGACGAGCCAACUCGCCAUAUAACCUUCAACCCCUUGGAGAUGAAUCCACCAACGCCCAGACCAACAGAGCAAGAGUCAGUAAGGUCGACAAAUUCAAAAAGUAGUUUACGACGUAUCGCACUAGCAGAUAUACCAAAUCCACCUUCGGACAAUGGCCAAACAACCCCUGUUAAAGGCUUGAAGUUCAGAUCAUAUGGCGAUCUUGAGAGCGUCAAGGUCUCUCCCGCACAGCGUUCAGGAAGCUUCCGAGGCAAGAGCUCCGAUUUCACAACACCAAACAGCACUGAGAAAAAGGUCAAAACACGGUGGAGGCGUAAGACUGGCAUUUAUGAAUCCGUCAACAACGCCGAUGAGAGCGACCAUGACAGUGGGGAGGACAACAACAAACCAGAUCACAGAGAUAGCGAUCAUAAAGGCCGUGUUGUAAGCAACACAGGCAUCGACCUUGGUUUAGGGCCUGCAGGGUACGGCAAUUAUAUUGCUGGCCUGGGCGUCGGCCGUAGAAGGGAGGUGAGCGGCAAGAUGGCUGAGGAGGGUCGUGUCGGUAGCCUGAGUCCCAGCAAUGACAGCAGUACAGGAAUAGAGGGUGGAAAGAAAAUAACAAACGAUUAUCGGGCGGCGGGAUGGGCACGAUUUAAAGGCCUUUGA